CAGGAGACACCCGCGGCGCCGCAGCAAACCGCUCUUCUCAUAAUGGAGGAAGCUGGAGGAGAGUCUGCUCCUCCGUGUCGGAGCGCCGGCGGAGCGCGGCAGGAGGACGGGGGGACGUCGGUCCCGAUGGAGACGGGUGUCGGGGAUGCUCAUGCUGCGGUGUCUCUCAGUCCCGGAGUUCCCAUCCGCGGAAUCAAGAUGAAAUUUGCCGUCCUUCGCGGUUUGGUGGAAGCUGGAGAAGUUCCUGACAAGGAUCUAGUGGAGACCGUCUUCAGUCUGUUGGUGGGUGGCCAGUUCGACCUGGAGGUGAACUUCAUCAUCCAGGAAGCGGAAAGCGUGGGCUGCAUGGUGGAGCUGCUGGACCAGUGCGAGGCCACAUGCCAAGUUGAGAUGUGGAGCAUCUUUGUAGCCAUCCUGAAGAAGAGUGCCCGCAACCUGCAGGCUUGCACUGAGGUGGGCCUCAUGGAGUUGGUGCUGGCACGAAUCCAUGAAGCUCACUGCACGGUUGCAGACUUGCUCAUAGAUGUCCUGGCGGUUUUGGCCCGCUAUAGCAUCACCGUCCGGCAGCUGAAGCUCUUGGUCAGCAAGCUGCAAGGAGAGAACGGAUGCUGGCCCCCUCAUGCUGUGAAGCUGCUGUCUGUCCUGAAGGCCGCGCCCCACAGAGUCGGUCCUGACGCCUUUUUCAGUUUCCCGGGCAAGAGCGCAGCGGCUAUCGCUUUACCCCCCAUUGCCAAGUGGCCUUACCACAGCGGAUUCACCUUUCACACCUGGCUGCGCUUGGACCCCGUUAGCAGCGUCAGUGGAGAGGACAAGCCUUAUGUAUACUGUUUUCAUACCAGCAAAGGCCUUGGCUACUCGGCACAUUUUGUAGGGGGUUGUUUGAUCGUGACCUCGUUGAAGUCCAGGGGGAGGGGCUUCCAGCACUGCGUCAAGUACGACUUCAGACCGCAGCAGUGGUACAUGGUGACCAUAGUUCACGUCUACAAUCGCUGGAAGAACAGUGAGAUCAGCUGUUAUGUCAAUGGAGAGCUGGCAUCCUACGGGGAGAUCACCUGGCUGGUCAGCACCAGCGAUACGUUUGAUAAGUGCUUCUUGGGCUCCUGGGAGACGGUGGAUGCCAGCAGGGUAUUCUGUGGGCAGAUGGGAGCCGUGUACCUCUUCAGUGAGGCUCUCAGUGCGGCGCAGAUCCUGGCCGUUUACCACCUGGGUCCUGGAUAUAAGGGUACGUUCCGGCACCGGGCCGAGUGUGACCUCCUCUUCGCCGAGCAUCACCGAACGCUGCUGUACGACGGCAAGUUGUCCUCCUGCAUCGCCUUCACUUACAACCCGCGGGCCACCGAUGGGCAGCUGUGCCUCGAGUCCUCUCCCAGGGACAGCCCGUCCGUGUUUGUCCACUCGCCUCACGCUCUCAUGCUGCAGGACGUGCGGGACGUGUCGACCCACUCCGUGCAGAGCGCCAUCCACUCCAUGGGGGGCGUACAGGUGCUCUUCCCCCUGUUUGCACAGUUGGAUUACCUACAGCACAGCACUGAUGAGGUGGACACCUCCGUCUGCCACACACUGCUCUCCUUUCUGAUGGAGCUGCUCAGGAACUCUGUGUCUGUGCAGGAGCAGGUUCUGUCCUGCAAGGCCUUCCUGGUGAUCGGGUACAUCCUGGAGAAGUCCUCCAAGGUCCACAUGACCCUCUCAGUGUUGGACAUCUUCCUAGCGUUGGCACGCUACCUGAGCAGCGUGCCGCAUGGGGCCCCACUACUCAAGCAGCUAUGUGACUACAUCCUGUUCAACCCGGCCAUUUGGGUCCAUGCUGCGGCCAAGGUGCAGACCACCCUUUACACCUACCUGUGCACAGAGUUCAUCAGCACGGUGACUAUCUACAGCGCCAUCCGCAGAGUGAGCACAGUGUUGCAGGUCAUGCACACACUCAAAUACUACUACUGGGUGGUGAACCCACAGGAUCGCAGCGGCAUCACACCCAAAGGACAAGACGGGCCCAGGCCCAGCCAGAAGGAGAUGCUGUCGCUGCGGGCAUACCUGCUGCUCUUUGUCAAGCAGCUCAUCCUGAAGGACUCUGGGGUGAAAGAAGAUGAACUGCAGAGUAUUCUCAACUACCUUCUAACAAUGCAUGAGGAUGACAACCUAAUGGAUGUCCUGCAGCUUCUUGUGGCCCUCAUCGCAGAGCACCCAAGCUCCAUGGUCCCGGCUUUUGAUCAGCGCAACGGCAUACGCAUCGUCUACAAACUGCUUGCCUCAGAGAGCGAAGGGAUUCGAGUUCAAGCUAUCAAAGUGCUCGGCUACUUUCUGAGGAGUUUGGCUCCUAAGAGGAAGGCAGACGUCAUGGUGGGACACAGCCUCUUCUCCCUGCUAUCGGAGCGUCUCCUGCUGCAGACAGGCCGCUUCACCAUGAGCACCUACAACGUGCUCUUUGAGAUCCUCACGGAGCAGAUCCACACACAGGUGGUGCACAGACAGCAUCCAGAGCCCGACUCCAGCGUGAAGAUCCUCAAUCCACAGAUCCUCAAAGUGAUCGCCGUCCUGCUGAAGAACUCGCCACAGAGCCCCAGCAGCAUGGAGCUCCGGCGUAUUUUCCUCUCCGACAUGAUCAGACUGUUCAACAACAGCCGAGAGAACAGGAGGAGCGUUCUCCAGUGCUCUGUGUGGCAGGAAUGGAUGCUGUCCCUCUGCUACAUGCACCCCAACACGAGCGAGGAGCACAAGAUCACAGAGAUGGUGUUUGCUGUGUUCCGCAUCCUGCUCUACCACGCCAUCAAGUAUGAGCGCGGUGGCUGGCGCGUAUGGGUGGACACGCUCUCCAUCGCACACUCUAAGCACAAAGAGAAUGAGGCAAAUUUGCUUACUGAGAAGUUGCAGCAGGAUCUGGCUGAAGGUGGACCUGACCAAACCAGAACCGACAUCAGCAGCCACGCAGAUACCCCGGUUUUCUCCAGUGGUCCGCAGGAAGUCACGGCUCUGCCAUGUGCCGCUGGGCCAGAAGGGACCCAAGCUGUAACGGUGCAGGUGGCUGUGGCUACAGUCCCACGGUCAGAACCUUUCUGCGUGGAAGGGGGCCCAGGCCUCAGUGGAGCAGCAGAGAGGAGCCCAACUUUAACAGAGAGGUCAAAGCGACCAGCUGUGGACGCUGGUGGAGGUGGGUUUGCAGAAAGCUCUGCUGGAACCAUGGCUUUAGAGACAGGUAGAGAUGAUGCACAAGCUGCAGUCCAAGGGCUGGAUGUACUGGUUGAUGGCAGCAGUGAAGCUGUUAACCCUGUGGCAUCGGAUGUUGUAUUGAAUGGAGAACCUGAAGUUGUUCCAGCUCAGAACACUGAGGAGAAGGCAGCAGCUGUGGAUGUCUGUGAUGAGCAGGCCUCUUCUGAGCGCUGUGGCAUCCCGAAAGGUUCCAGCUCAACAGUUUCUGUCUCCAGUGAACAUCUCUCGGACGUCAACUCUCAGGGCAGAGUCAGCCAUGACAGUUUGGAUUCCAAGGCAAACACAGCAGAGAAAGAGGGAGGAGAUGAGAUGAAAGAUGUUAUCUCACAAAAGCUUGCCAAAGAGGAGCGGCGGGAGAGCGGUGACACCUUUGACAUUCAGAAGAGUGUUGUUGAGAAGGUGGAGCCAGGGAAUAGCAAUGGAGUUUGUCCUAGUAAGGAGCCUGCCAAAGUGAAGGAAAUGAAGAUCACCAGACUCGACGUAUCCAGCGUGUUGUCGGACACAGAGAGGCUGCAGCCGAGGGAACAGCUGUCACUGGGUCAGACAGCAGCUGCCCUAGAGGCAUCUGGACAAGCUGUGCAGGGCUCCUCUUCCGGAAGAGCCGCCAUAUUUCAUAGCUCAGAGUUCCAGUGGUCCCACCUACACCAACGUCUCCUGGGAGACGUGCUGUUUUCCAUUGAGACAGACGUGCAGAUGUGGAGGAGCCACUCCAACAGGACGCUGAUGGACUUUGUGAGCAGCAGUGACAACGCUGUGUACGUGCACAACACGGUGCAUCUGCUGUCGCACAUGCUGGACAACGUCAUCACGGCCUGCGGGGGCAUCCUUCCUCUGCUGUCGGCCGCCACCUCCUCCUCUCACGAGCUGGAGAAUGUGGAGCCGUCGCAAGGCCUGUCUCCAGCCGCCGCCUCAUCCUUCCUGCAGCGUGUCAUGGCCUUGGCUGACGUGCUCCUCUUGAGCAACACGCUGAGCUUCGUCGAGGUGGAGGCUGAGAAGAAUAUGGGCUCGGGGGGUAUCCUGAGACAGUGUCUCCGACUGGUGUGUGCCGUGGCUGUAUGCAGCUGUCUGGAACAACAGCGACACUCCUACAAUAAGUGCAACACUGAGUCGGCCUCGGGGCACGGGGCUCUGCAGAGCAUCACCGGACCUUCCACACUGGCUCCCUCACAGGAUCCUGUGGACAUCUUUACUAGUGGAGUGUCUCUGGUCAGAGAGAUGGACAGCCUGUUGCAAGAUGUGGACAUACACCGCCUGCGAGCCGCUGUCUUCAAAGACAUUGAGAACAGUAAGCAGGCCCACCACAUGGCCCUGGCUGUCAUCUACUUCAUCUCUGUGCUCAUGGUGUCCAAGUACCGCGACAUCCUGGAGCCCCACCGAGAGAGGGAGCUGCUCCAGCGCAGUCAGUCCACGGAGAGCAGAGGUGUGGGCAGGCCUUCCAGCAAGGACAGCAGUCAGGAGGAGCUGGGGCCACACCACAGACAGUCUCUCAGAAGAAGUGACUCUGGUGUGGCGUCUUUAGGAGCCACAAGCCCCUCAGGGCCAGACGCCAUCAAUGAGGUGCUGCCGGCUCUUUCCUCAGAGGUCAACCAAAGCCAAGAGUCUUUUCCUUCCCCAGCCCCGUCCCCGUUGCACAGCACCAAGUUCACAAACGUGAAGGAAAUCCUUCGCAGUCUCGUAAGCUCGCCAGCUGAGGACAUCCUGGUGGACCCCAGGCUCCUUCCCCCUGCAUUCCUGGGAGAUGCCGGAGACGUGGUAGUGGAGCCAGCAGUACAGUUCCGCUCUUUUGACAGGAGUGUACUUGUGGCACCCAAGAAGGCAGCAGGGGGUCCACUUCAGGGCGUGGGCCCCACCCCAUCCACUACCAGCUCCUCUCCGGGAGGUUCUCCCAUCACUAGUGUCGCUGUGGUGAUGGCCGCCAGUGCACCCCACCGCACCAACACAGAGCCUGUCGCUGGGGGUGAGUCUGCGAGCCCCACCCUGCCGCCUGCCCCCACAGUUUGUCCGACAUCCCAGGACCCCGCAUCCAGCAUGAGCAUCUCGGAGAAGCUCGAGCAGGCCCUGGAGGGAGCUGCCGCUCUACUCCGGGACAUCUUUGUGGACUUUGCCCCGUUCCUUUCGCGCACCCUCCUGGGCAGCCAUGGGCAGGAGCUGCUCGCCGAAGGCACCGGCUUGCUGUGUAUGAAGUCCAGCGGCUCAGUGGUAGAACUGGUCAUGCUGCUGUGCUCACAGGAAUGGCAGUGCUCCAUCCAGAAGAAUGCCGGUGUGGCCUUUAUUGACCUUGUCAACGAGGGGAGGCUACUGAGCCGCGCCAUGAAGGAACACCUGGUGCGUGUGGCCAACGAGGCCAAGUUCAUCCUCAGCCGACAACAUAAUGAUGAUGUCCACAAGCACGCUGAGUUCGAGUCGCAGUGUGCCCAAUACGCGGCAGAGAGGCGCGGCGAGGAGAAGCUCUGUGACAACCUGAUCCGAGCCGCCAGGUACAGGGACCACGUGAUGGCCACGCAGCUCAUCGGCAAGAUCCUCCACAUCCUGACAGACAAGCAUGGCGCCUGGGGCAGCUCGGCACUGAGCCGGCCCCGCCACUUCUGGCGCCUGGACAGCUGGGAGGAUGACCUGCGACGGCGGCGCCGCUUCGUACGCAAUCCCUUCGGAUCCUCGCACCCCGAGGCCACGCUGAAGGCGGCCAGGGAAAACGGUCAGUUCCUCCCCAGGGUCCAAGUGGCCAACCAGUGCUUGGAACUCUGGCGUCUGAAUGAGAGGCGCCUCGAGCCAAUAAGCCGUAAUUCUUCCAAGUUCUGGAUCCUGAGAGCCUGA